GAUAUUUAUCUUUAUAUAAUUCUGAGCUAUUAUUAAAGUGUUAGUAUGUUUUGACUGGCUCAUUCGCUUAGUCAAAACUGCUUGACUUUUGGCAAGCAUGGCGAAGCUGUUGCUGCUGGGUUUUGCGGUACUUGCCGUGCUAGCCAACGCAUACAAGAACCCCUAUUACGCUCCAGGAAGGUCUGUGAACGUCCACCUCUUCGAAUGGAAAUGGGACGAUAUUGCAGCGGAAUGCGAGAACUUCUUAGGGCCCAGAGGUUUCGGCGGCAUACAGAUUUCCCCACCCAACGAGAACGUGGUGCUGUGGACUUACGACCGCCCUUGGUGGGAGCGGUACCAACCCAUGUCCUAUAAACUGGUCACUCGUUCGGGUGAUGAGAGACAAUUCGCCGACAUGCUGAGGCGUUGCAAUGCUGCUGGGGUCAGAAUCUACGUGGACGCAGUUAUUAAUCACAUGACUGGCGAGCCUCCAGAGAACUUCGGUACAGCAGGCAGCACAGCCACCUUCAGGGAAUGGCAUUACCCUGCAGUUCCAUUCACAAGGGAACACUUCAACUGGCCUCAUUGCGUCAUCGAUGGAAUGGACUACGUCAACAAUGCAUGGAGGGUUCGCAACUGUGAACUAGUCGGUUUGAAAGACUUAAACCAAGCUGAUGAACACGUCCGCAAAAUGAUUGUUGAUUUUAUGAACAACCUCAUCGAUCUGGGCGUAGCAGGGUUCAGGAUCGACGCUGCUAAGCACAUGUGGCCCCAUGAUCUCCAAAUAAUUUAUAAUCGCUUGCACAACCUAAACACAGAUCAUGGAUUCCCGGCCAACGCUCGCCCAUAUAUCUACCAAGAAGUAAUCGACUACGGCACCGAAGCCAUAAGCAGAGAUGAAUACACCCCCAUCGGUGUCGUGACUGAAUUCAAAGUGGGAUUGGAACUCAGUAACGCUUUCAGGGGACACAACCAGCUUAGGUGGCUGGAUACUUGGGGACCCCAGUGGGGACUACUAGCUCACAGUGACGCUUUAACUUUCAUCGAUAACCAUGACAACGAAAGAGGCCACGGUGGAGGUGGCGGCAUCCUAACUUAUAAGGAUCCGAGACCAUAUAAGGGCGCCAUAGCUUUCCUUUUGGCUCAUCCGUACGGAGAACCUCAAAUCAUGAGUAGUUUCGCUUUCCAGAACUCUGAAAUUGGCCCGCCUAUGAAUAGUCGGGGAGAUAUAAUUUCUCCUUCUUUUAACUCGGAUGGUUCCUGCGGCAACGGUUGGGUGUGCCAACACAGGUGGCGGCAGAUCUUCGCGAUGGUGGCGUUCAGGAACGUAGCGGGAAACACCGGUAUCAACGACUGGUGGACUAAUGGCUUCAACCAGAUCGCAUUCUGCCGCGGUGGCAACGCAUUCAUCGCCUUCAACAAUGACUCGUGGGACCUUAACCAGAAUUUGCAGACUUGCCUACCAGCGGGCAGAUAUUGUGACGUCAUAUCCGGAGUGAAGACUGGCAACUUGUGUACCGGUAAGACGGUGACCGUCGGCAACGACGGCCGCGCGAACAUCAACGUCGGCGCUCAGGACUACGAUAUGAUGUUGGCGAUACAUAUCGGACAAGAGAGUCGUCUGUGAUCGUGUUCUGCUGACAACGACAACAAAAUCAAAUGAAAUAAACGUUUUUUAUCAAUGAAAAGUUUAUUUUAUUUUAGACUAGCGGCCG